GACCUCUUCACAAACGACCGGAGCAGAGGCAGACAAGCCUCACGCCUGCCAGACCAGGAGAAGACACGCAGACACAGUUUCAAGUCAAUAUCCUAAAGGCUUCACUUCUACCUUUACUUCACUGUAAUACUUUCACUAUCUAAAGAGGAGGGUGAUGAGUUCUUGCUGGGGUGACCAGGGAGAAAGGGCUGAGCUAAAAUGAUGAAAAUGAUGACUUUCUUCCAAACAAACCCCUCAAUGUCUCCCCAGUAUGAGUCUGGAACCAGCCCUGUUGGCAGAAAGCCCUCGGCAGUGUCAGAGACAGAAUCUGACUCAACUUCCGUGGCCUCCUCUGAGGAUCUCUCUCCCCAAAAGGAGGGGGGCUCAAUCCCAUUCAAAGAAGAAAAAAAGAAGAAAAAGAAGAAAGGAAUCAUAAAGAUGCUUGAUGUGUUUGCCAAAGGGAUAAGAAGAAAGAGUCAUUCAGAACCCACUGCUGAAGUUCCAGAGACUGAAGUUAAGCCUGAUGCCCCACCCCCCACAGUGGAGGAGCUCUACUCGGCGCUAGAGCAAGGGCGGCUGGAUAUGGCACAUCACCUUCUGAUGCUGGAGCGGGCGCUGGUACGGGAUGCAGCCGGGAUGAACGAGGAGGAUCUGAUCCGCCAGCAAAGCAAGGUGGAAGCCUUGUAUACCCUGCUGCGGGUGGCUGUGCUGUCCGUGGUUCACCAGCCCCUGGAGAAGGAGCCUGCGCUUCUGCACCAGGCCCUGAAGAUCAUCCUGGAGCAGGAGCAGGAAGACCAGCGGGUGCUGGCUGAGGCGAGGGGGCCCUCUGCUCUGGCCACCACUCGGCCCCGGCGUUGGCUCAGACUGUGGCAAGAAGGCGUGAGACGCUCUGUGGAGGAGCGGAUGAAUCGGACCCCCUCCACUACCCUGGAUGCACCCAGGCCCGCGGUCACGGAGGCCGGCUCGGAGGCUGCCCAGAGCUUCAUACACAUGGGCAAGACGAUGAAGGAAGACCUCCUGGUUGUGGCCCAGCGCCUCCAGCCGCUCUACCCAGCUGAGUUCGAUGUGUUCCGCACCUAUGCCCAGCACUACCAUAACUAUUUCUCAAGCCAGCUCAACUCCAUGGUUCAGUUCGAGCUUAAUGAGCAAGACACCACCCUGCUGCUUCUCUGGGUGCAUAACUUCUACCCCAAUGACAUCAUCAAUAAUCCAAAGUUAUCAAAGGAAUUUCAAAGAGCUGACUUAGGGAGCCUCCUGCCACCCAAAGAGAUCCACAAACUGGAGGUCACCUACCUAUCUAAUGAAAUGGCAAACACCCAGGAAUUGAUGAUGCGGGGGCUGGAGCUAGAAGUGAAGAGAUGGUCAGAAGACAAGGAGCCCAUGAAACUAGAAGGGUACUUCCACAGUGAACUCCCAAUUGACAUCAUCCAGAUUAUCUCCGGGACACAAUUCAAGGCUGAGAACAUCACAGUGGCUCUGGGCAAACAAAUAAGACCUCUGCUGAUGGCUAAACUCUCCUCCUUCUUGAAAAGCUACCAGCAAGCCUUUACAGACUUCACGGAGAAAAACAAACAGAAGCAUUACAGAGCCAUCAUUAUGGCCAACAUCAACAACUGCCUGACAUUCAGGACCUCCAAUGACAAGGAUUCAGAGGUUCCCAGCUACAUCUUCUACUCCCUGAGUGAAAUCGAGCAAAGUGGUUUCAACAUACUCCUCCAAGACCUGUUCUUGGAACUAAAGAGUCGGUUCAAGAAGCUGACACAGACACGCUGGACCACUCAUGAGGAAACUGUGGCAGAAAUCAUUAAGAUCACCAGUGGCUAUCUGCCAGAAUUCAAGGCCCUAAGAAAACGGUACCAAGAGGACAUCAUGGAAGCCAUCCACGUAUACCUGGUGAAGGAAUAUAUCAUUCGGCUCUGCAAGAAGCAGUUAGUGCUGAAAACUGCUGAACUUCAGCAAAACCUGGCCCGGUGGAUCUUGAUGGAUGCUAAGAACAUCCAGUGCUUCUGUGCUGAGAAUGGAUCUCCUGCAGCUUGGCUAGAGCCAGCCCUCCCUACCCUGGCAGAAAUCAUUCAUCUCCAGGAUACUAGCGCCAUCAAGAUUGAGGUGGCAACUUUUGCUAGUAGAUUUCCAGACUUCAGCAAAGGACACUUGGGAUCCAUCCUGAUCAUCAAGGGCAACUUGAGCAACAGUGAAAUCAAAAGCAUUAAAAAUAUAUUGGACGAUAGCACUUUGUUGACAAAAUCCUCCAAGUCCUUAUUUUCACAUAUAAAGGUUAGUUAGCUUUUAACCACAGCCUGGCCUGACCUGGCUCCUUGUUGCGUCCAUGGCCCUGACAACUCAAGACAAUCACGGAGAGACUGGAAUUUACUUCACUAUCCCCUUCUAUUAAUGAGUAGGUCAAACUAGAUGAUCUCUAAGGUACCUUUCAGUUCUGAUAUUCUCUGGCUCUAAGUCACUUCUCGUGUCUGGCCUUCAGUUGAGAUUUGUUCCAGAUCGAAUAUUCUGUGUUCUGUGACUUCAAAACUUAUUCCAACUCUGGGUUCUCUGGCCUGUGACUAUCCACCCCCUGCCAGCUCUGACAAAUUGCGUUUUCUCCUACCUCUUGCGUUCCUUCAGUUGUAUGAGGAUGAGACCAAGAGAGGAGAGAUGCCUUCCCCAAAUUUCACAGCCAGAAAAUGUCUGAGUGAGCCUAGAAUCCAGGUCUCUUACCUCCCACCUUGGGCUUUCUCUCCUGCUCUCCACAGUCAGAACACUGAAGCCCAAAGUCAGAUAGGAAAGCUCCCAGGAGAAAGCUGCCCUUCCCACCAGCCUCUUUUAUCGAAGGGCUCGCUCUGCUCUAUUCCUCUUCUCUCCAGGUUCCUCCUAGCUACCAUGAAAUGUUCCUCAGUAGGUUUGGCACAAGACCUCUUGUACCUGACUCUGAUUUCCCCCCACACUUGGGAGCAGCCUGCUGAGGCCUAAAGUCAGGAUGGGAAAUGGAAGCCCUCAAGGUCCUAUGUUGGGAGAUCAUGUUCAAGGAGCUCUUAGUGGAGAGAGAUAGACUUUGCUCUCUGGACUUUCACCUGAACCUCUUGGAAACAACAUGUGUUCUCAUUUUCUCUUUUCUAGAGUUAUGCCUUCAGGUACUUUCAUAGACACAAAUGUGAACACACUUGAAAUAUAAUUAUCCUUUCCAUAUCCUUCUGGGAAGCCAGAAGGAUUGGCUCUGAGAGGUGUUUCUAGACCAAGCAUCUUAGAAUUCUCUUUCCCUUCCAUUAUUGGUGUUUAAAAUCUCUUAGUGACCAUGAUUGGAGCAUGAGUCCAGGGAUGCUCUGUCUCCCUUUUUGGGCUGGAGCCCCAGAUUAAUGUAAAUUUUGUAUAUUGUAGAGAACUUUUUCUUUGUAUGUCUUUAUAUCUGGAAUUUGUACCUAAGUUUUUAUAGUUUGUUAUUAAAAGUUCUACUGAAGAAUUUCAGUUGGAAUGUC